ACAGCACUUCCGGUCAUGAUGGACGUGCAUGCAUCAUAUUGAAAACCCGCCUUAACUCUUGGGCGUGUACAACCCACCUUACUAUCAAUUUUUUUGUACUUUGUUGUCAAUUUUUUGUGACAAAAAAUUAUAGUUAUUACGUAUGCAAAUGUAUUACUUUUUUUGUAUAGUUCACACCUGACAAGUCUUUGCGUGAGGAGAUAUGCUCUUUAUUCAUCAAAUGUCCAAACAAUAAGUUUGGUUGUGGUUGGGUUGAUACAAUCGGUGCUCUUUCUGAACAUGUCAGCUGCUGCAUGCACAGAAAACAAGAAUGCCCUCAUUGUAAUGAAGAUUUUGCUAUGACAGAGUAUCAGCCACAUGUUGAUGAAUGCCCAAAGAUGAUCGUCAAUUGUCCUUUGAAAGAUCACGGAUGCAAGGAAACAAAUGAAAUGACUAGAGAGGAAUGCAUUAAUCACUUGUCAUCAAAUGAUGGUCUCUUUGAUCAUGUUGUAAUGAUGGUUGCUGCACUCUCUUCUCUACCAACCAAUCCAUUGAAGUCUGAGUCUCUUGAGUCCUUUGCCAAUCUUGUUCGAGGAUCAUCUGGGUCCGUAGAAGAUGGUGUUCGUGGAGCUAUUGAAAGUUUCGUGACAAUGGUAGCAGAACUUAUAGCAGAAAUAACAAAGAAAGAUAGCCAGAUAUGCACUUUAGAGGAUAAAGUGGCACAACUGGAAACUAUUACAAUGAGUUUUUGCUACGGUAAUUUUGAUGGUUCUAUGGUCUGGAAGAUACCUCAGUUCUCUCAGCGUAUGGAUGAUGCCAGGACUGGGAAAUACACUUCAAUAUUUUCUCUUCCGUUCUACUCCAGUCGCUAUGGUUACAAGAUGUGUCUUCGCCUCUAUAUCCUGGGGGAUGGUAUAGGAAAGGGCACUCAUAUGUCUUUGUUCUUUGUUGUCAUGAAAGGAGAGUACGACGCUCUACUCCCGUGGCCUUUUACACACAAGGUUACCUUCAAGCUAAUGAAUCAGUGUAGUAAAAGAGAUGUUGUUAAAGCCUUUCAGCCUGAUCCAUUGAGCUCUUCAUUCCAGAAGCCGAAAUCCGACAUGAAUGUUGCUAGUGGAUGUCCUCGUUUUGUGUCCAAGAAUGAGCUAAUGGAAGGUGGAUUCAUUGUUGAUGAUACGAUAUUCAUAAAAGUCAAAGUAGAUACAGCAACCUAGCAUUCUUCAUGAAGGAUGAAGCAUACAACAGCAACUUGCACAAUUUUAACCAUAAAACCACUCUUAUUGUUAUGUUAUUAUUAUUAAAAUCAUUAUUACUCGUAAGCCUCAUAUACUAUUAGCAUCUUUCUUUUUAUUGAAGUUGCUAUAUCAUUAUUAUUAUCAUUUAUAUUAUUAUUAUUAUUAUUAAAGCUUUACAGAGUCUACAGACACAAAA